UUUUAUUUGAAUCUUAAUAACAGGCAUUGACUGAUUAUGUUAUGAUAUGAUUAAUGCAUUGCAGGUGUCCCAUUUUGAUUUGGAGGACAUGAUAGUGGACAUCGGUUACUGGUUCAAGGGUAGCACAAAUCGGAAAGGAUACCUGAUAGGAAGAAAGUUGAACAUUGGGUUCACAACCCGGGCUAAACUCAACAGACUACUUGACAAGGGUGACAUCAAAGUAAACCACAGCAGGUGGAUUAAUUCCAUGAACCUGUGUUAUGUUUCCUGACAAGUGCUGUGGACUAUGCACUAAAGAAGCUGCCACUGAAAGAGCCACUACAACAUUCAAAAUGUGUAGAUGUACGGCAGAGGGCUGAAAGUGACAUCGGAGAUGCCCUGUACUUGGUUUUCUUUUUUCCUCCAAAUAUUGUCUAUCAUCUUAGCUAAAAUACCCUGCUUUUUAUGAUGAUAUAUGUUCUCUCCUAAACUGCACAUGAGCUAUUCUUAUAUGGCUUCUCCUCAAAGAUGUGUAUGAACUGCUGCUGGUUGAUGACAAUAUACCUAAAACGUAACAACAUGUAACUCUACUUUCUUAAAUAGGUUUCCCCAUCUCCUCCCAUACCAUGGUCCAGAGGAGCAUAACCUUCUGGGUGAGGAGUUUCUUAGUUAUCCAAACCCAUGCCAAUGAUAUCCCUGUAGGACGAAACUGAAAUGGAAAGCUUCUGGGCUGAAAUGGCAACCCGGAAACAUAAGGUGACCGGAGCCAACGAAUUAGAGAGGCUUGCUGCCGUCGCCAAGCUGGUCCUGGUGUUGCCCCAUUCCAACGCAGACGCUGAGAGGGUGUUUUCAGUUGUGGGACUGAACAAAACCAAGACCAGAAUCAGCCUAGCAUUGGAUGGCACCCUGUCCUCAAUAAUGACCAUAAAGAUGGCCGACCUUCAAGCCCGGUUUCAAAUGGAAGCCCCCCUCAGAUGUCAUCAAGGCCUCCAAGAAGGCCACAGGCCAGUAUAACCGUGCCCAUCAGACCCAGGAUUUGCAGCCAGACGGACACUUGACGCCCUGGUGAGAGAGGAGAGAGGUUGGGAGACGAGGAGAAAAGAGAGGAGGAGAGGAGAAGAAAGUGGAGGAGAUGAUGAGAGAACGGGGUAGAAUAAAAAGAGGAGCGAAGAGACAAGAGGCUGAUGGCAGCGGCCCUGACGGGAAAUCAGACACUGACAACACAAGAUGAGUCAGCACCACAAGCACAACAAUAACACGUUCUACUGGUUAUACUGGGAGCUGACAAGAACCAUUACAAUCUCCUACUGGUUAGACAUGGGGCCGUCCAUUACAACCAGUCUUCUACUGAUUAUAGUGGGAGCUUCCCAUUACAACCAGUCUUCUACUGAUUAUAGUGGGAGCUGCCCAGUCUUCUACUGGUUAUAAUGGGAGCUGUCCGGUACAACCACAGUCUUCUACUGGUUACACUGGGAACUGCUCAGUACAAAAACAGUUCUCUUCUGGUAAGGACCCUGCAGUACUGAUUUUGCAGGAGUCCCGGCAGCGGGUCGGUCAGUGUUAUGAUGAUGUCACUAAGUUUAAGUUUAAGUUUAAAUUUUCCGAACUGGAAACAGGAAGCCUGUGUUAUACUGAUAGUCUUCAUGGUCGCCUGUUACCAAGGGGGUACGUGGUUAAAUGGUAAGUAGAGCAGGCGGGGUAGUGCGAUUCUGUGGUUAGCACCAUCACAUUCAUCUCUUGAACCAUGUAGUGUAGAGCAAUCCGUCAAACACAGGAUGUCUGCUCUUCACGUUUCAGUUCUGCUGUUGGUUCUUCUGCUCGCCUCAUCACAGACUUACGGCUAUGUCUCUGGCCCGGUCUCCCUGACUGUCUCUCCCAGUGGAGGGCAGGUGUUCGAGUAUGAAUCUUUGUCUCUGGGAUGCGAUCCAGCAGACAGUCCCGAAGGAUCUUCCACGUGGAUCGUCUGGAGAUUUACUCACGAAAGCCCUUUGCUAAGCGGAGGUUUGUCUUGGUGUGGGAGUCACUGGGGGGAAUCAUCUUCCACCAACUGCCUCAUAGCCACGAGCAAGCAGUCUGACAGUGGCCUGUACUGGUGUCAGUCCUCCCAGGGAGAAAGCAGUUCCGCCCUUCACAUCAAUGUCACAGGUGGUCAUGUGAUCCUUGAGAGUCCAGUCCUUCCCGUGAUGGAGGGACAUAAUGUGACUGUGAGCUGCCGGACAAGAACUCUAUCCCCACGUUUCUCCGCUGAUUUCUAUAAAGACGGGUUACUCGUCAUGACUGCGCCGACAGCACGGAUGACCAUCUACAACGUGUCCAAGUCUGAUGAAGGCCUGUACAAGUGUAGUGUGUCUGGCCUGGGACACUCCCCUGAGAGCUGGCUGAACACACAAGGGGCCUAUGUCCCUGCCACCCUUUGGGUGUCCAACGGGAGCCAGCAGGUCUUUGAGUACCAGCAGGUGACGGUUUUCUGCGGGGGGUCGGGUGGGGGAUGGAGGGUGUGGAGGGUGGCGCUGCCCGCUGCCUCCAGCCUGUCGGCAUGCGGAGACAACUGGGGCAGCCCCAGCCCGGGGCUCUGCCAUCUCAACUUCACCAAGAAGUACGACACCGCCACCUACUGGUGCCGGUCUGCUACUGGCCAACACAGCAACAUGGUCAAUAUAACAGUCCACGAUGGUCCUGUUAUCCUGGAGAGUCCAGUCCUUUCUGUGAUGGACGGACAGACUGUGACUCUGAGCUGUAGAACCAAGACCCCUUCCUCAAGUUUCUCAACUUUCUAUAAAGACGGCUCCAUCAUCAAGACUCCGCCUACAGCAAGGAUGACCAUAUAUAAUGUCUCCAAGUCCGAUGAAGGCCUGUACAAGUGUAGCAUGUCUGGCCUUGGAGAGUCCCCUGAGAGCUGGCUGGCUGUCAGAGGGGGACUCCAGGCUUCUCCGUCUGAGCCUGAGGAGAAAGCUGAAGCAGCUUGGCUCCGCACCCUGGUUUGGAGAGCAGCCUUCUACCUGGUGGUGAUGCUCCUGCAAGGCAUCUCUACUAUGCUGCUGAUGUCAGUAGACUGCUCCCCUGCUGCAGUCUCAGUUGACCGAGUCAAUGCGGCUGACCAGGGAUUGGAUGAAGAAUAUGAUGAUGUCACACAGGAUGUCACCACCCAGCAUCUGAAAUAA